ACCACCAAAUGUUACCGAUACGAACCGAAGAAGAAGAAGAAGAAGAAAAAGGAGGAGGAAAGAGAGAGAUCUGGGAAGGGGAAGAGAAUGAGGGAACCACAGGGUGCGGUGGGGGUGGAGACCAACAAUGCAACGAUGCCGCCUCAGGCUCUGCUGGAGAGGCUCAAGGACUACGGCCAGGAGGACGCUUUUGCCCUCUGGGACGAGCUCUCUCCCGAGGAACGCGACCUUCUCGUCAAGGACAUGGAGAAUUUGGAUCUUCCAAGGAUCGAUCGGAUCAUUCGCUGUUCACUUCGAUCUCAAGGGCUACCGGCAGCGGCUAUAGAGCCAGUGCCGGAGAGCAGCGUGUCGACGGUGGAGGAGCGAUCGCUUGAACACAGAGAGCGAUGGUGGAAGAUGGGUUUGAAGGCCAUCUCGGAGGGAAAAUUGGGUGUGUUGCUUUUAUCUGGUGGCCAGGGAACUCGGCUUGGAAGUUCAGAUCCAAAAGGGUGUUUCAAUAUUGGGCUUCCAUCUGGCAAGUCACUUUUUCAACUGCAAGCUGAGCGAAUAUUAUGUGUUCAAAGACUAGCUGCUCAGGCUACAAAUGAGGGUUCUGCUGGAUCGGUGCAAAUACAUUGGUACAUAAUGACCAGUCCAUUCACUGAUGAUGCCACACGCAAAUUUUUCGAAAGUCAUAAAUUCUUUGGUCUGGAAGCUGACCAAGUCACCUUCUUUCAGCAAGGCACUAUACCUUGUGUUUCAAAAGAUGGCAGAUUUAUUAUGGAGACUCCAUACAGGGUAUCUAAGGCUCCAGAUGGGAAUGGUGGAGUAUAUUCAGCUCUAAAAUCAUCAAGGUUGUUAGAAGAUAUGGCCAUGAGAGGGAUUAAAUAUGUGGAUUGCUAUGGAGUAGACAAUGCACUGGUCCGAGUGGCUGAUCCAACUUUCUUGGGUUAUUUCAUGGAUAAAGGCGUAGCUGCAGCAGCAAAAGUUGUCCGUAAGGCUUAUCCCCAAGAAAAGGUUGGCGUGUUUGUAAGGCGAGGUAAAGGUGGACCUCUCACUGUAGUCGAGUACAGUGAGUUGGACACAUCAAUGGCUUCUGCAAUCAAUCAGGAGACUGGACGUCUUCGUUUUUGUUGGAGUAAUGUGUGCUUACACAUGUUUAGCUUGGAUUUUCUAAACCAAGUGGCAAGUGGCCUCGAGAAAGAUAGCAUUUACCAUCUUGCUGAGAAGAAAAUUCCUUCUAUACAUGGACAAACAAUGGGAUUAAAACUAGAGCAGUUUAUUUUUGAUGCAUUUCCCUAUGCUCCUUCAACUGCACUUUUUGAGGUAUUACGUGAGGAAGAGUUUGCACCAGUAAAAAAUGCCAAUGGGUCAAAUUUUGACACCCCGGACAGCGCUAGGCUUCUUGUUCUCCGACUCCACAGUCGUUGGGUAGUUGCUGCAGGUGGCUUCUUAACACAUUCAGUGCCCUUGUACUUAACAGGUGUGGAGGUAUCACCACAAUGUUCUUAUGCUGGAGAAAACCUAGAAGCUAUAUGCCGUGGAAGAACAUUUCACGCGCCCUGCGAGAUUUCAUUUUAGUCGAGUUUGAUCCAUAUAUUCUCAAUGUUUGCGGCUCUACUUCAACUUCAACUGAAGUUAGAAUGGGUGAGGUUGGUCUUUCUCAUGCAUGUACUGUAUUAGAUCGAAGAGUGGGUGAAAAGGAUGGUAUAUUAAUUAUAGGUUUUGGGAUAUUUUAAGCAUGUCAGGAUUUAUUCAAUCAUGUCAAUAUCUUUUGUGCUUUUUUAUUUUUUGAGCUGGGAUGCCCCUUGAUAUUCAAUUAUUUGCCCCAUUUAUGGUCAUUUCUUUGCAGAGUUAAAACUUUUUUGAUAUUCAAUUAUUUGCCCCA